GACUGGUGUUGUUUACUUGUGGAGGCGAACCCAGCUGAGCGGCGGUGUGUGAAUUAAGACGCUGUGUUAGUUUGUAGGAAUGUGAUGCCAAAUCAGAUGCAUGAAAGAGCUGUGAAGGGGGAGCCAACUAAUAAGGUUAGCAGCUACAAAGUUGGACUGGAAAAGAAACACCAUGGCUGGAAAAUUAGAAUUUCCUGAGAGUUUGCCUCCACCACCAAGUCCACCAUGCACCUUACUCCUUGGACCUACAGAUUUUUCCUUCCCAGUGGAAAAAUGUUCAAGUUUUGAUAGUACCUCAAACUCUUCCUGUGAUACUACCAGUAUGACAAAUUGUAGUAUUAGUUAUACUACCAGCAGACAUGCUAGUGAUCAGUGGUUUUAUAGUUCUAGCAGCACUAGUAGUUCUGUGUCUGGAACAUAUCUUGACUCUUUGAGUUUUGAAGAUUAUGGGCCAAUAAUGAGUAAAAAAGAGCAUGAAAGUCUUUAUCCAUUGAUGGAAAUAAUGGAAGGGAAAGAAGUUGUUACAAUUACCACAUCUAACACAGCUCAUACUAGCAACACACUUUCAGUAUCUGUACCUGCAUCAGUAUCACAGUUUUCUUUACCUUAUAAGGGUAUGCAGAUACUGUCCUCAAGAGAAAUAGAUAAAAGCAGUAGUAUGAAAUGUGUACCACAGACUUCUGAAUACAAUGGAACUUUAAACACAGAAACUAAUUUGGAUGCUACUCUGAUGACACCUGGAGCUUUUUUAUCAGAGUCAUUAUAUUUUCGGUAUAAUGGACACAUUCCAUGUAGCUUCAGUCCUUCAAAUACUCCUGCAAGAGGAACAGAUAUUUAUGAAAAUCCUGAUGUCAGUACAAAAGUGAAUACUUGGAGCUAUAAUAGAGGAGAUUGUUCAAGAGCCACUCCACAAAUGUCCCAAUUAAAUUGUAAAGGUUUAAGUCUAAAAGACAAUUUUAAGCCAUUGGAUGUGUUAUUGACUCCAAAGAGAUUUACACAUUCACAAGAUACAGAAUCUAGCAAUGAAAACACAUCCUGUGGAGCUGAAGUGGAUUUGAUAUCAAAUACAGAUGAUUUUGAACAAGAUUUGAAAUGUAUAGAACAACUGGAAGAAGAAGAUCAAAAAGAGACAGACAGACAAGCAUGUCAAAAGAAUUCUUAUUUGGGACGUCUUCCACCAAUUGGAGUAUUUUGGGACAUAGAAAAUUGUCAGGUACCUAAGGGGUUAUCUGCUACACAUGUUGUUCAAGCUAUUAGAACACGGUUCUUCAGUAAUCAUCGGGAAGUGGAGUUCAUGUGUGUGUGUGACACUUUGAAGGAGAACACAACCAUACUUGAAGAAUUGAAUGAUGCUCAGGUAAAUGUCAUGCAUGUUGGCAGCACUGUAAAGAAUGCUGCUGAUGACAAACUUCUACAAAGUAUGCGUCGCUUUGCUGACAUCCAUGGUCCUGGUGCUACUAUUGUCCUCAUAUCUGGUGAUUCCAACUUUGCUACAGAGCUUUAUGAUUUAAGAUACAGGAAAAAUCUCCAUGUGAUACUUGUACACAAUGCUCAUGCUCAAGAUUCCCUGAAGCUUUCAGCACAUGAAACAGCAUUGUUCACGGAGGUUACGCAACAGCUACCACAGCGUGCUAUGAAAUCAAAGAGUGGCUUUCUACGGAAAGACGUACUGGUAAGAAACUUACCUAAAGGAAUAGAAGAGUCAGCUGUGCGUCGUCGCCUCAAUAUGCUGUCAGCAAACUGUGGGGGUAAAGUUGGACGUGUAUCAGCAAAUUCUGCCACCAUAUACUUCCAGACACCAGAGUUGGCUGCACGGUAAUAACAGAGUUAAAUUUGUUACUUGCUCUCCAUCUUAAGGAGACCGACAGAGUGAAAAUUCCGAAAAAUAUGAAAAAAUGCAAUAAUCACAUCAUGGCAACCUUAGCACCAGUACUAAACAUUACAAGUGGAAUUUUAGUCAUCUGGGUUUAAAUAGCUAUUAAAGGGCCGUUUAAAUGCCCCGCACCACACCCAGCCACUCACUCAAGGUCACAUGCAGCAAAAAGAUAGUUGUAGAAAAAUAUUUCUAGAAAAAAACUAUACUAUUUAGAAGGGAAUAGUUUUCUUUCUGGUGGCGUAUGGUAUUUUGCCUUGUGAGGCGAUAUAGAGUGGAACAUGUGGCUGCUGAGAGUGAAGGAACAUACAGUAAUACCUCGAGAUACGAUCGCCCCAACAUACAAUUUUUUUGAUAUAUGACAAAAAAUUUCAUAUAAUUUACGCCUUGAAAUACGACGAUAUUUUGAAGAUACAAAUAGCCAUUGGUAGGUGGAUCGCUCGGCUACCUGCGUCCACCCGAAAAUUCAGCCUGCAUUGUGUAUCGUUGUUCAUCCUUUGUGCAUGUAUGUGUCUGUGCUCCUCGGCAGUGUGUAUUUUUUCUUAAGUUUUGUGUCCCA